AAGUUAGCUGUAUACAACAAGAUGCAGGAGUCUCUGGAAGUGACCCUUCCCAGCAAGCAAGAGGAGGAUGAGAAAGACCAGCCUGCCGAGAUGGAGUACCUUAACUCUCGCUGCGUCCUUUUCACUUACUUCCAGGGAGACAUUGGUUCAGUAGUGGAUGAACACUUCUCAAGAGCUUUGAGCCAAGCCAGUAGCUUCAAUCCAGAAACUGCCCUUACCAAGAGCAAGGCAGGGCUAAGUCCUCUGUGGAGAGAAAGCUCAACAAUUUCAAGCCAAAGGAGCAGUUUCCCAACAUCAUUUUGGACCAGCUCUUAUCAGCCUCCCCCUCCACCGUGCUUAAGUGGAGUACACCCUGAUUUCCCCGUUACUGCACCAGGCACCUUCCCAACAGCAGAUCCCAGCAGCUGGCCAGGACACGGCCUUCAUCAGACUGCCCCACCUCCUCCCCCUGCUGCAUCUGAAUCCUGGCAUUAUCCUUUAGCAUCUCAGGUGAGCCCUUCGUAUGCACACAUGCAUGACGUGUACAUGCAUCGCCAUCACCCUCAUCCACACAUGCACCAUCACCAUCCCAGCUCGCACCGUGACCCCCGGUAUGGGUCCCUGCUGAUGCCUUCAGUCCGCGCAGCCAGGAUUCCUGCUCCCCAGUGUGACGUGACAAAGACAGAUCCCGCUGCUGUCACCAGCGCUACCUCAGCAUGGGCUGGAGCCUUUCACGGAACAGUGGACAUUGUACCAAGUUUUGGGUUUGACACAGGUCUACAGCAUCAGGACAAGAGCAAGGAAACUUCUUGGUUCUGAAGUUCAGCUAAAUUAAGACCAGUUUAAGCUGGAGUAAGCGCAGCUGGGCGGGCGAUAUAACAGUUGUCGACUCCUUCUGCAUGGGGCAAAGGACACACAUGAAGAUGAAGAGCCAACCGUUCUGGUUUUGCUAUUGAGCCUUUUGUUUGUAAGGCCGUUUAUGGGUCCCACAGUGUUGGAAAAAAACAAAAACCUAACUUCUCUUUCUUUCCUCAUCUGAGCCUGCUGCAGCUGGGCAACCUAACUCCUUUCUGCUCCUUUAACAGUGUUUUGUUUUGUUCAGCUUGAUAUUUUUAUGAACAGUCUCAAUUGUCAGGAAAAAGACUCUUCCUUGACUACAGUGCGCCUCCUUUCAGGAAUACAGUAUUUUGUAGCUCUGUUUGCAUCUAUUUUUGUAGAAAUACAGAAAGUUUGGGUAAGGAUUGAUGGGCUAUUUUAGGAUGACAUAUUUUUUUAAAAAAAAUUGUAAAAUUGUUAAGUUCUGUUUAAAGAACUUGCUCUCAGAGAAGCACUGGCAAAAAAAUGUAUAAAAUGCUAUUUUUAGAUGUCUGUGAUGUGUUUGUGCAUUUUGGGUUUUUUGUUUUGUUACCUCAAAUGUCUAUCCUUCCUUUCUUUUUAAAGAGCUAAAUCUUCCUUGUUUCCACAUUACUAGAUUUUGAUGUUUUUGUCCUUUUGUUCUAGCUUAAGCAAGUAUAAUUCGCACCUAAAGUUUCAGCCAAAUAUUUUUCCUGCUGGUGUUAGAUUGUAGUAAGGGUGUUUUUAUUUUCUUGCUUCUAAAGGUGGCUUUGUGCUGUGUUGAUUGUCAGAAACUUGCAAACACCUUUCACAUGGAGCAAAGCCUGGGGUUACAGGAACUGCAUUUCCAACCCAUCCAUUCUUUCAAAAUGGACCAAAUACUCUUACGGAUUUAAAUCGGACAUGAGUUUGGGCGUCGUCCAUGAUCCAUUGAAGCUGUUGAACACAGUCCCCUAUGGGUUAUGUUUCAGGCCCUCGCAGUGCUCAUAAAUAUCAGUAUAUUCUUAUUUUAACUCACGAGGCAGGACUUUCAGCUAAGCCAUUUCAGGGGUGGUAACUUGUAACAUCAAUGUUCAGGAAAGAAAUGUCAGAAAUGUGUGAAUUGUGGAAACAAAAUGUUUUCAACUAGCCUGAUCUGUCUGCUGAGCACCUCAAGGAAAGCGCUGAAAUUUUAAACUCCUGUUGACUUCAAAAUCUGUUUGUCUAACCUAAUAUUUGCUGUGGGCUUUACGAGACCCCAGCUGCAGCUCUUGAUUUUCGUAAGAAGUUGCAUGUGCUCAGCGUGCGCAAAUUCAGACUUGGCUGCUGUCUGGGUAAGAAUCUGAACUUGGAAAUGACGUGGCCACGUCUAGCCACAGCGCUUUGCAAGGUGUUUGGGAAACCCCGUUUCUGGGCUGGGCCUUGGGCCUGACUUGCAUAAUAAAGACUUUAGUUGAAGCCAAAGUGAGCACGAUGCAAUCCUGAAUAAGGGCUGCAAGAUUACCCUCGACAGCCCCCGUCCUGCGAAGGGCUGGAGCUGGGUCAGCCCCCAUGCCCAACCCUAGUGACUCCAGCGUGAGUGUCAGCAUGUGCUUAGGUGGGGCUGAGCGCAGGAUCGGGGCACGGGUUGCCAGGUCCUAGCUGUUGCUUGGAGAUGUUGCCUUUCUGCUCUGUGCACCCAGGGUCCCUCUGUAGUAUUUCCCAAGGCUCUUAUUACCUAGUAUAUUUCUGUUACCACUGUUUUCAGACAUCCCUGUCUGAAAGACAAACCAGCUAAAUGGAAACCAAGGCUUAAACACAUGGCUGAGGUAAUAAACAGUUUAGUUUUAAGGCAAUGAGCAUUGUAGAUGUAGGUUUGUCAGGUGGAGACCACAUGGAUCUGCGUUUGAAAGGGGAGGGGGAGUGCUGGGGAUGUGCAUGCCACUCCGAGGUUCAGGCCUCCCUCCCUGCGCUGCCGCUUCUCUCCGGGCUUUAUGAACUUGCUCCUACGAAGUGUUGAGCGUUCUCACUUGCCACGUGAGAGGGCUUGACAUGCUGGCACUGGAGGCAUUAGGAUUAUGUCACAGUUUGGCAAGACCCUUAAGUGUGUACCUUGCUGAUUCGAAGCGUGAGACAGCGUAAAAGUGCUGAAUGGACUAUGCUUAAAUAUUACUUUAAAAUAGUAGGGUUGUAGUUUCUGUGUUGGGAUGCUGAAUUAAAUGUGGUGGGGUUUUUUUUCCUAAUCUUUAUAGUCCAUCAGCAUUUCUUUCUCUUAAUAAAUUUCACUCUCAUGACAGUUCUAUAUAUUAUUGCUGCUCUGGUGGAGCUAGCUCCUCAAUUUGUCAAUGAAUUUGUAAUGCAAUGGGAAAACUGUAUGGGAGGGAACAUAGUAAUAGCUGCCACGGUUCACUUUCUUAUCAGGACAGUAUAGUUCAGGACAUAUCUCAAGAAUAAGAGUUCUGACUUAGGAAUUCUGAUAGUAUUAGAAAUACUGGGAGGAAAAAAAAAAAUCCAAGCUUUUUUAAAUUUUUAAUUUUUUUUUUUUUUCCUGGACUUGGCAAAGCUGGAAGGCAAAGAGGCAAUGUAUCGUCUUUGAACUACAGGGCUGGAGAGUUUGGGUGGCGGGGGAAGCAAAAGAAAAGGCAACAUUUCUUCUUAAGGUGUAGUGUGUUUGACUUCCUGAAAUAGUUUAAAGUCUAGCAAGAGCAGUCAGUUCAUUGCCUUCCUUUUUGCAAGUUCAGAUGAUGAGGGACCUCCUCCUGUUCCCUAUAGAUGUCAAAGCAGGAUGGGACAGGAAAAAACAGGCCCACGGUUUGCACUGGAAUCCCUUUCUGGAUUGUUUUAUUGAGUUGAUGGGUAGUGGGGAUGAAUAUGUGGUGAAGCUAUCGCCUCUUCCACCUCAAGGACUACUGUUGUGUGCCCGGUUUCCACUGCUGAACCUGUGAGUGUGCUGAAGGAACUUCUGUUGCUCUGCAGGCUCUGGGAGACAAGUGCCAAUAAAAAUCUGCUUUCGUCUAUAGCCGUUCAUGCACCCGUCAAUCAACUUCGAAAGUCAAAUAAAGUCUUUUUUUUUUUCCUCAGUCACUAACCAUCCCCUGUACUAACAAGCGAGUUGAAAGUAAAAGCACAAGUGCAUAGCAGUAGCCCUGCUUCUAUGUUCUACAAUUGGAAGGAUGGGAAAGAAAAAACCCUUCCCUGUGACAAACUUUUAAGUAAAUUCAGCAGAUUUGCCUCUCUCUCUCUCUCUCAUACACGCACACAUACACACGCACAAAUGUGCUUAUGAGAAGCAGAUGCUGUGAUGGUUUUGUUCUUGAAAGAGGAGGGGAGCGCUUGCUCGUAACGUUGCAGUUACAGAGAAUUGAUGGCAGUGAGAAAGAAACAGAAAUGUUAAGACUGCUCAUGUUUCCACAGAUAGGAAAAAAAGGCCCUUAAAAUCAGGUCACAGACAAGUUAUGUGUCUUAAAGCAUUACUAAAGGAGUUGUUUCAUUCUUUUUGUGUGUGGUGAGUUCUGAUGCUGACCCAAGAAAGUGGAUGAUUCAUUUUGCGAGGACUUAUAAAACAUGAUGUACUCUGUCACUAUUUCUGGGAGAACAUAGGGAAAUUAUUGUUUUAUUUCAAGAAAAUCUACGUACUAAACUCCUUAAAAUUGUCCAGGAUUUGAUUUUAUUCCUAUGAAUGUUGAGAAAUCUGCUGUCAAUUUUUGUGUCUUCAUUUGAAGACUGGGAGGGUUCAAGGUUUUCACCAGUUUUUGAAAAGCAGAUACCAGCUUGUUUCAACUGGGCAUUUCCGUCCCAACAAGAUGAUGGAAUAGUGCAGCAACUGACUGCCCGGCAGAUUUGAUUUCUGGAGAGCUGAAUAAGGUACACUUGGCAAUAGUAAAAUGCACUUUGAUCUGUGUUCCUCUCCUCCCCAGACACACAAAUUCAGUUAUCAGUUUAUCUCAUACCUCUUUCAUAGUGUGAAGAUCUUCAGUGAAUGGCAGUUUUCUCUGUCGUCUACUUCUGCCUCAAAACAUGCUUUCGAGGAUGAAUCUCAUCACAGCUUUCAGGGAGAGCAGAGGUUGCGGGAGGGGGGUGUCACGUUUCCCCCCACCUGCACCUAGGAUCAACUUGCCCGUACCCAGCCUUUCUGCUUCCAGGCUAUUGUGUAUGUCUUGCUCUCCUUCCACAAUUCUUUAUGUGUAUGUAUAUAUUUAUAUACAUAUAUAUACACACACAUGUAGCUAUACCUGGUUCCCUCCAUUCCACCCUCAUGCUUCAAAUGCACGUCCUUUGGAAAUGAAGUGAAUGACAUCACUAAAUCUCAUCUGAGACUGAGAAAAUGUAGGCAUUUUAUUGCAUUCUCUGUAACCUCAGGAGUGAAUGGAAUUUUUUCAUACUUGUAAAAAAACAAACAACAACAACAAAAACCCAACAAAAAAAACCCCUUUCAAAACCCCUGAUUUGUUCUAUCUGUAAAGAUGACCAUGGAGUCAGCAGAGUUAUGUAGAGAGGUGCAAUAUAUUGCCUGUCAGCAGACAAACAUAUCUUUUUGAAUAUGAUUCUUUUAAUUAAUUUCAGGUACAAGCUUUUUCUCCAUAUCAAUGGACCAGCAACAUGUAUUUCUUAUAAACGAUUUAGAAAUAUAUAUAUUUUUAAAUUUGACUUCUUGGCUUUAAUAUGUCAGCCUUUGAGCUUUUAAAGGGUAUUUGGAUGAUAAAUACUGUUUGUGUGUGGAUUUUUUUAAAAAAGUUGAUGCAUGCUGUUUGGAACUGAAAUCUCAUGUAAAGCAGGAAGGUAUUUAAAAAUAAAUACUGCUUUUACAUGUUAGCCCUAUGGGCACAAUCUGACAGUUGUAAUGCAGGAAGAUAGCCCUUUAAAGACUAAGGGACUCUUGCCUGAGCAAGGUCAGAAUCCUGGUCCCUAUGACAGGAGAGGCAGGAGCAGUCAUCUUGCAAAGGUUGAGCUGGUAGAGCUGUGAGCAGAGAUGAUCCUUUCCAGCUUUGCAUGUAGAUGGUUGGGCAGCCGCUGCUCAACUUAUUAAAAUUAGGCUGUGUUGGCAGGUUUAUACUGGCCCCGUCUUAUGGAGGGAACUGGUUGCCAAGGGGAAUUAGAGGUGUCCCUGGAAACCUGUGUUUUAGCUGCCCUUGGUCUGCACAGUGCCCAUGACCCUCUCCCUGUUCUUGCUCUGUGGUCUCCAUGACACCACAGUGGGACCUGUGAAAGCUGGGCUGGAGUUCCCUGUGAAAUGCAGGAUGUUUUUAGCUCCCAAUAAAGAUGGUUUAGGGAUGGGGGUAAUUAAAGCAUCACAGUUAUCUCAUGCACCUGCUCAAAGGCUCAAGCCUUCAAGAUGGAUCAGCUGUGAAUCAUUGAUGAUGGCCGUUUGCGUACAGGAGCCCAAAUACUGCUUCCUCCCCUCGGUGUCUUUGGAAAUCUUCGAUGGCAUUGAGAUCAUUGGGACCAGCCUCGAAUGCCUAAAUUGCAGUUCAGUGUUGGCUGGCACAGUGUGGUGGCCUGGGGUCUGGUCCAACAUUGGUGGACAUCAGUUGGAAUCAGCAUUGAUUCUGGUGAGCUUGGGCUCAGGUAACUAGUACCUAUAGACAACUGAUAUUUAUAGCAGUUGAGGUUUACAGUAAUCUAGUAAAGUAUCUGCAGAACUAUGCUGCACUUUCCCUGCUAGCUGUUUGUAGCUGUUGUUUAAAACCAUCAGUCAAAUCAGGGUCCCUCUCCUCCCCCGACCUGUUUUCCAACCCUGCUUCCUUCAAAACUCCAUUGAACUUUUUUGCCCCUCUCGUCAAAACUGAUGGGGGGCUUUGUAUAAAGAAAAGUGUUACUGUUUUAAUUACUGAAUAAAUAAUUUAAUGUGAAUUUUAUUGUUAUAUUUUUUAUGUAGCAUUUUUGGUUUGGUCUGUAUUUCUCAACAAUUAGCUAAUGCUUUCUUUUCAUUCUUAUGCAACUGAAGAACUCAUAAAUCUCUUUGUAAAUUACAGC